AUGGAAGGGGUUCCUCCGGCGCGCCUCAGCGCCAACAUGGAGGAACGCGCUCCAGGAAGCCCAGGAAGGAAACUGCUUGGGGCGGCUUCUCAAAUUACGGCGACAACCAUUGCAAUGCAUCCUUCCUCAUCAGUGUUUGUGGAUCUCAUCACUCCAGACGCUUCCUACGUAUGCAGCGCAGUGAGAGUUCUUCCUGCUUCAAUUUCUUCCAGAAAUCGGGAGCUCCCUGCAGUCUCGUCGCCCAUCCCCUUGGCUGUGUCAAACGAGCGACGAAUGCAGGGUUACGGUGCGGGAGGUUUGGCACGUGGGGAUACAGAUAAGACUGGAGGAGAUCAGCAAGCUAGCGGAGCUCCCUUCUUUUACAAUAACUACAACAAUUACUACCCCGCUCAACCAUUCGUGCCGUCCGCCAACGGUACUCCUGAGAAUGCAGGCGUAGACGGGCCUCCUCUGCCAGCUCGACCGGAGCAGUAUUUCAGCGCCUCAGUUUCCCCAGCGACUGCAGGAGAGAUUCAAACACCAUCGCAGAUGCUUCAGCUUCAGGCUCCGUCUCCUGGACUGUACCUGCAGCCAUCACCGCAACUGCCCAACGAAACGCAAUAUCGUACAUCUGAACAAUGGAACCCGAACGAUCCUAGAACAUGGCAGACGCCUCCUGGUACGACACUACCUCCACAAACGCCUUCUCUAAAUCCCUCUCGUCCCGGUCCCGGGGGAGGGACUGUCAGGCAUCCAAUCACGUUGCCAGUGGGAACCACAGUAACAGCUCCGGUUACGAUUCCCAUCACUCUACCGAUUACAUCCCCGUCGUUGUCCCCUCUUACCAUCGCCUUCCCUGUCUCCAUCCCUGGAAUGCCAGAUUUCUCUCCUAACCCUUCCCAUCCGCGUGACCCCUCUCCUCCUCCCACGUCGCCAGCUCCUGCCCCAAUACCUCCCCCUUACUAUCCGUAUCCUCCUUAUUAUCCUCCGAGACCGCGUCCGAAUCCACCUGACGGAUACCCCGGGUACCCUCCAUACUAUCCUCGUCCACCCUCUCAACCGUUCCCUCCUCAAACGCCAAAUCCAUACCCGGCUCCUCCAAGUCCGCCGGUCACGAGGCCUCCGCCGUAUCCUACCUACCCUGGUUAUCCGGCUCCGCGACCACCGACCGCCCCGCAGCCCGUCAACCCCUACCCCCCGUAUUAUCCGCCUCCCUACGGCUCUUACCCUCCUUAUUAUCCUUACCCACCUCCACAGACGCCCGCUCCUUCGCCGCAACCUCCGUCUCCCCGUCCCCUGCCCGACGAUGAAAAUCCACCUCUUCCCUCUCCUGUUCCCGACCGUCCAACGCCUCCUCCGCGGCGCCCCGGACAAGGCGGCGGAAGCGGCUCUUCAGAGUCUCCCCCGGCUGUCCCGGGACCGCAGUUCGACGCCUACGCGCUGGCACCUGAACGGAAAGGGGAGCAAGGAGCAGGCGAGGCGAUUCGUCGGCCGUCUGCGAAUCCCGUUUCUACUCCCGAAAUCGACGAAAAUGGAGAACGUCAUCCGGAGUCGUCUCGGCAGGAUAUCUUUCCUUUGCGAGCAAGGACAGCCGCAGAGGGCGAACGACCGGAUAUAGUCGUAGAAGGGGUUGUGAACGGCGGCAGCGGUUCAACAAUCGAGGACCAAAACGCUUCGGUGUUCGAACAGGAAGGGUCUCAAGCACAUCCAGAGACGUCUUCAGAUUUCUUGGGAAAAAUAGUACCCCUAUCCCCACAGACAAUGCCGGCGACCACCACUCCGACGGCGAAAGAGAACGGUUCAGCUGUUCUGUCAACGUCUGUGAGAGUCGAGGAGACUAACCCAGCUGCCACAAUAAGCAAAGAAGGAAUCAACAUAAAUGCUUCUGCCUUUGAUCAACUGAUGGCGGCGAUCGUUGCCAAAAUCGACAGCCGUGACCGAUCUGAGCCCCUUUUUCUACCCUCAAUCUGCCCUGCGUGUAAGGUGGACAUUGUGACGUAUGCGCCUAUACAGAUGCCAGACCCUGAUGUAGAAUCAUUCGAGAAAGCAAGAGACCAACUUACUCAUUUGCAGCGGCAGCGCGUUCCUCAAGGAGGGCAAGCAGCACGAGGGGGGAAUGGACAAGAAUAUGAGAAAGAAGCCACAAAGGUGUCACCGACGGUAGAAGAGGAACCUACAGAUGAGAAUACAGAAGAAGGGGAAACUGUGACGCCUCCGCAAUCCAAUUCUGCUUCGAAAGCGGCAAAAGCAAACUCCGGAGAAGUGCAGGGCAUUGCCGGAGAUGUUCCUGUAGUGGUGCCCAGGAUAACAUCAGCUUUUCUUGAAGCUCUUCAUGCAGCAGAAAGCAAGAAAACGCACGCUGCGGAAACUGCAACAAAACGGCAGGCGGCGGUUGUCACUCCCGAAGCUGCAGUUGAGACUGAAGAUGAUCUGAGCUAUCUCUCCUCGCCUGUCAACAGAAGAAAACGGCCAAAGGGGUUCCGUGCUCUUUUUCACAAACACGACGGAACAGCGCCAUACUCCAUAAACAGAGGAGCAAGUACAGUCCAGGAAACCUACUUUUCCGAAAACAUCCGCCUCAGUGCCACUCACCCGCGCAAAAGAGACGAGGUUACGCGGGGAACUGAUAAAGUCAUGGAGCCCUCUGUGUAUCGGAGCAGACUUGACGCAGGAGAGGAUGAAGGAGCAUUCGUGGUCAUGUUCGCUUGCUACCACCCAGAUGACGAAAGCGUGGAGCCUCUCUUGAUGGCAAACCUCGAAGUCCGGGUGUCGCGGUAA